CUGUACCUGCGGCGCUUCGGUGCGGGGAGCGCAGAGAAGAUGCUCCGGCCGCGCUGAGCACCACGAAUCCGCGCAGAACCCCGGAGCCCGACGGCGACGCCGAGCAUAUUCCUUAGCCAGAGCCAGGGACGCAGAAUCGUCUCGGUACCAGAACACAGUUCUGAAGCGCAGAGGCCCAUGAGCCAAGCGCCAUGGAGACCUUGGAUCCUGACACCCCAGGAUGCUGAGCCGACAGGAACCCGAGGCGCGCUUGAGCCUGGGGGUGACCAACGAACAUUUGGAUCAAAAGGGGCCUUUGGGUUUCAGCAUCCUGUAAGACUUUAUUUACCCAUCUCUAAGCGUCAAGAGUACCUGCAGAGUUCCGGGGAGAAGGUGCUGGCCAGUUUCCCAGUUCAAGCCACCAUUCACUUCUACAACGACGAGUCAGACUCAGAUGGGGAGCAAGAAGAGGAAACCCUGGAGGUGGAAGAGGGAAAGCGCCGAGACCCGCUGACAAACGCAGGAUGGAGGCCGGGAGGCCACGGUGGUCUCCAUGGUGAUGGUCUUCUCCCCCUCCGUGACUCUCCGGAGGAUGCUGGGUGCUCCUCAUCCGAGUAAACCGGUCUCUCCCGCGCCAGACCCACCUCACGUGUGCCAGGACUCUGCGUUUCCGCUGGGCGCGCAGGGACUUUGGCCAGCACUGCCCGCAUCGCGAGGACUCAGCUUUUACUCUUCCUUCUCCUGGUCAUUCUUGGUGCCGUAUUCAUACGUUUGAGACAGGAUUCUAGGAUCAAGCGAACAUUUUAUUCCACAGGGGUUGUUAAGUGGGUGGGGGCACCUUUCAAAGCACAUUCAGCAAUGUCACUCUGCUGACCAAGGGACAAAUCUUUCCCGCACGGAUGUAUAACCCACCCAUACCUCUCACUUAACCUGAGGCUCCUUAUUUAGCUAUUAAUGCUUUUGUAAAAAUGAUUUAUAUAUUGUCAUCCAGGGCUAACGUGGUUAUUUAGUGGCAUUCUGGGGGGAGAAAAGUAUUUAUAAAAAAAACCAAAAAAAAAAAACCAAAACACUGAAUACUUUGCAUAAGAGUGACAAAAAUAAAAAAGAUACGAAUUGGGGGGUGGGGACAGUUCUAGAUAAACAUGUAUCUGAUUCUUGUCUAAGGGCUGUGUGUAUGACUAGAGAGAAUGGCUUUAACUCUCAACUGGGGACCGCUUUGGACUUGUUACUUGAAUAAAGUAACACUGUUGUCAAUCAGA